CCAUCAGGUUGACUCACACGGGGAGCGCAUUUGGUCCACGACCGCAUAUAUAAGAAGUCGUUUCUCCCAGACUACUGUUUCACUGGUAUAUUUCCCCUCCUGCGAGAACCGACAAGUCUGCUACCACUAAAUCGACGUGGACUCUAACUUGAAUAUGCCUCCUAAGAAGAAAGCUACUACCGCCGCCGCCGACGCUACUGCAAGUACGGGUGUCCCAACAGCAAGGCCAGCUUCAUCCCGAGCAACAAGGGCCACCACUAAGGCCACGAAGCCUUCAUCAACAACCGCGAAACCUGCUUCAAAGCCUAAGUCAACCAAGUCCGCUGGUAAACGAGCGCGUGGCGAGUCCGAUGAAGAAGCGGAUGGUCCAUCAAAGAAGACGAAAACUGAUGAUACUGAAGACGCGAAGGAUGAGGACACACCUAAAAAAUUGGUGACUGUACUAAAGAGAGGAGCCGCACCUGUUGACCCUGCCUCAAAAUAUGUCGAUACCCAUCAGGUCUAUUCGAACACGGCGUGUGUAUGGGAUGCCAUGCUCAACCAGACGGAGGUCGGUUCCAAUAAGAACAAGUUCUACGUCAUCCAGCUCUUGCACCCGAUUGGCAAUGAUUCUUUCUGUUUUCUGCAUACUCGAUGGGGUCGCGUAGGCGAGAAUGGACAAUCUCAAACUAAGGGUCCUUGGCCUCCUGCCAAUGCUUUAACAGAAUUCAAGAAGGUAUUUAAGUCGAAAACGGGCACAGACUGGGAGAACAGGCAGGGGAUGCUACCGAAGAAGGGGAAAUACGUUUGGCUAGAACGUUCAUUCGAGGAGGACGGAGAAGAAGAUAAAGCUAACACCACUGCAAAGCCAGAUGACCGGCCAAUUCCUAGCUCGAAACUUGACCCUGCCGUCCAGGCGCUCUGCAGACUGAUAUUCUCUAUAAAACUGAUUGAUGCACACUUGUCGUCGAUGAAUUAUGAUGCAAACAAACUUCCUCUCGGGAAGCUCGCGAAAUCUACUAUCCUAAAUGGAUUUGCUGCUCUAAAGAAACUUUCUGACGUAUUGGAUAAACCCAACGGGGAUCUUGCGAAAGAACUUGGAGGUCUUCGCAUAGCUUGUGAGCAGAUUAGUGGAGAGUAUUAUUCGAUCAUUCCGCAUGCAUUUGGGAGAAACAGGCCAACCGUAAUUAAUGACAUGAUACUACUCAAAAGAGAGCUCGAGCUCGUCGAUGCUUUGGGAGAUAUGGAAAUCGCCCAGAAACUAAUCACAGCUAGUGUCAUGACCGAUGAAGUAGGCAAUGAACUCAAUCAGUUGGACGCUCAUUUCCGUUCACUUGGGCUUUCCUACAUGAAACUAGUUCAGUCUGGCACGAAGGAGCUCAAUGCGCUUGCUUUGUAUGCAAGUGAGACGCAUGGUGCAACACAUAUGCACUACCGGGCCAAUAUUCUCUACGCCUUUCGUGUGGAGAGGCAAUUGGAAACAGAAGCAUGGGUCAAAAGCGGAUAUGACAAACUGGGAGAAGGGGAGAGGCUAUUGCUUUGGCAUGGCUCACGGACAACUAAUUUUGCGGGUAUCCUCAAGCAAGGACUGCGUAUCGCACCUCCAGAAGCACCCGUAACAGGUUAUAUGUUUGGAAAAGGUGUCUACUUUGCAGACAUGAUGUCGAAAUCUGCCAACUAUUGUUACGCCCACCUUAGUGAAUCUGUCGGAUUGCUACUUCUUUGUGAAGUGGCGGCGAAACCCGUAUUUGAACAACUGCAGAGCAACUAUAAUGCGGAUCGCGACUGCAAAGCUAAUAACAAACUGGCUACAUUGGGUGUCGGAAGGACGCAACCUGUUCAUUGGAAAGAUGCCGGUGAAGCUCUGGACAACGAUGACCUGCAGGGGUGUCAUAUGCCCAAAGGCCCAGCAGUUAACGUUGGUAACCCAAACGUAUGUUUGGAGUAUAAUGAGUACAUCGUCUAUGAUCCUUCGCAGAUACGGGUGAGGUACUUACUGAUGGUGCAGAUGGGUUGAGGGCAGAUGGACAUCUUAAUCAAGAUCCACGAGGAACUGAUGCUACUUACUGUAUGCAUUGGAGUGGAUAGAUGAGAAUAUGUGUAAACAUUCAUGUAUAUUUUCAGUAUUUAACAUUAUGUCAAAUAUUUUGCAUCUUCAU